UUUUAUCUGUGUCGUAUAUAUGACUGAAAUCAUCGCCGUAAUAUCUCGUCUGCUCUUCUCCAAAAGAGGAACAAACCAGUUAGGGUUUACUGCAUUAGCUCGUCGCCGCCGAAGGAGUAGCAGUACCAAUGGUGAAGUAUUCCAAAGAACCAGACAAUCCUACCAAGUCCUGCAAAGCUAGAGGCGCGGACCUCAGAGUUCAUUUUAAGAAUACUAGAGAAACCGCGCACGCCAUAAGGAAGUUACCUUUGAUCAAGGCAAAGAGGUACUUGGAGGAUGUUUUAAUCCACAAGCAAGCUAUCCCCUUCACUCGUUUUUGUAGAGGCGUUGGAAGAACUGCCCAGGCUAAGAACAGACACUCUAAUGGCCAAGGACGUUGGCCUGUUAAAUCUGCAAAAUUCAUUCUUGAUUUGCUCAAGAAUGCUGAAAGUAAUGCUGAGGUGAAAGGUUUGGAUGUGGAAUCACUUCACAUUUCCCACAUUCAGGUUAACCAAGCACAGAAGCAGAGACGCCGUACUUACCGAGCCCACGGAAGAAUCAACCCCUAUAUGUCUUCCCCUUGCCAUAUUGAGCUGACCUUGUCUGAGAAGGAAGAGCCUGUUAAGAAAGAGCCUGAAACUCAGAUUGCAACCAGCGGUAAAUCUAGGAAAUCUCAAGCUUUGUGAAGUGGUGCAUCUUCUUGAAUUGAUUUUUUUACUGUUUUAGUAACUAUUUUGACUUCUUGUAUGGAUAAUUUUCAAGUACAAAGAGGUUUUCACCAUUUUUUUUUAUGUUAAUCAGAUCUUUGUUUGAAUGUUGUUUUUUCUGUGAUAUGUUGUUGAACUAAGUUAUUUUGUUGA